UACAGCUUACGCAACUCCACGACGAGAAGCAGCAUGGCUACAGUGGUACUGUUUGUGGCAGUUUGGUGGAUUGCCAACAUGGUUGCCACUAUAGCAUCAAAGAAAGCAGUGAGUGGCAUCAAGCCUGACGCCACUGACAGUCUGACUACUUGGACAGGAACAGUGGCCUUAAAGGAUCUCAGGUGGAUAGAAUUGACAAUGCUACAACACCUCUUGGGGGCGCUGUUAGCCAACACGUGGCUCCUUGUAGUCCGUCGCAAGUCAGUCUUUCCCAAAGAAAGUCUCAAUCCCAAACAUAUGCUACUUGCAGUGACAGGCAACCUAGUGGGAAAUCUGGGCACUAACGCAUCUUUUGCUGCAGUCAGUUCGAGUCUAACUCAAGUCAUCAAAUCAUGUGAACCAAUCUUCACCUUUGUGUUCGCACUGCUGUUUUACAAGAACAGUGGUAACUUGAACCGAAAUGUGCUGUUCUCAAUCAUCGCCAUGGUGGUGGGCACAUGUCUGUUUAUCUCAGGCGAGGUGUCCUUCAAUAUUUGGGGACUUGGUGCUGCUGUUAUUUCUAACAUCGCUUUCCCGAUACGGAACAUCUACCUGAAGAAGUUGGGUCAGUCUUGGGAUGAUCCUCUUCAAAAAAUUGCAGUGGUUUCUAACUUGAACGUCCUGAUUCUGCUUCCAUUUGCGAUCAUGAGUAUGAGCAGCUUAGCUAAACUGCCUCCUAUGGAGAGUUGCACCUCUGCCACCUUCCACUUCAUCUACAACGCCGCCUCCAUAAUGGUGCUCCAAGCAUUUAGUCCUGUGGAACAUGCUAUGUUGAACCUCUCGAAGAGAAUGUUUGUUAUUCUGGCAAAUAUGAUUGUCUUCUCUACACCGUUUACAUUCUGGACAGUCACUGGUCUCUUGGUUAUUUUCAUUGGACAUUAUAAUAAUCAAGGAGGCCGCAUUUUCAUGCAGAUAAUGAAAAUGCGGCGAUGUUUCUCUCCUGCCAUCAUCGUCUUUGGUAUUACGUCAUUUUGUUGGUUCGUGGGAUUCUUUCGAUCUGGUGCACUCAUGAAUCAAUUACAAAUGCAACUUACACGGUACCAACCGAGAGAAGUCAUCACUACAGCUUGGGUAUAUGAACGACCGAUUCCAUACAAUGUUGUAGAAAACAUUGAAGCUUUUUUGGAUAGGAAUCCCGGUAUGACCGUGAAGGUAUUCUGCGGUACCUCCCAGUGUAUGAAGGCAGUGCAAGACACACAUAACCCAGAGAUUACAGGGGAAUUUCUAGUGCUGCCAGAGAUCUUUAAGAAUACCCCUCUGGAGCUCUGGUUAGCCCGACAUCCAAUGCACAAGAUUCUGACAGGUGUUGACUUUGAAGAUCACGUGUACGAGGCAGUGAGGUUAGCUCUGUUAUGGCGUCAUGGUGGCAUUCAUUUCGAUCCCUCGAUCAAACACGGCGAGUUCACUAUCCCAGGGCACCAAGAGGCUUGGGUUAGUAUUGGGACAAACCUAACACAAACUAAAACACAUGGAGUUCUCAGUGUGUCUCGGUUUCCAGUGCACAGCGCUUUCAUUGCGAAUCUUACCAAAGCGUUUUGUCGCGAAUACUCUCGGAAUAUUACCCAUGGAAAUCCACACUCGUUGCAGAAGUUUGAUUUUCAGGGAGCGGUCAGUGAUAUGUUUAACGAAUCUUGCAUGUCUGGAGACCAUUGUCCCACACACAUAGAAACUGACCUCGAAAGGAUUUCUGUAGUUGAUGCAAGAAGACGCCAUUUCGGAACACUUUCGUACGCAAGAAGAGCAGGGCGAUCUACGCGCGCAAAUCUUGGGGAUGAGGUACAAAGUUUCCCUGGGAUACAAUUCUUACCUUUCGUUGACCGUUUUGUUGAUAGAGAUAACUUUGAUAAAGCAAAGAGGGAUAAUCAUAUCCGGAUGUUUUUCAACGCGUGGUAUGGAGAUCAAGGGAUGACUUGGCCCCCACCGCGAAACAUCGACCCCAUCAUGCUGUCUGUGCAUAUUAGUCCUCGAAUCAGGCCAAUGUUCACAAAAUAUAUCAAAUACCUUCGAUCUAAAGAACCAAUAGGAUGCAGGGAUUCUGACACUCUGAAGUUUCUGAAGCAAAACAACGUUGAUGUCUUCCUUUCUGGCUGCCUAACACUCCUCAUCAAAACUCCCAACAUUGAAAACAAGCGUUCAGGCCAAAUAGUCCUGGCCGACGUGGAUAAAGCAUUUGCUGCCCUUCUCCCUCCGGAUAUUGAACGGAUAGCCAUUCGUGUCACGCAUUUAGGUGUGGGUGGCGGCAAAUCUACCAUCAGGGAACGUUUUCAAGCAGCAUACGAUUUGAUACAAAACUACUCCGAGGCACAUGUGGUUAUUACGCAACGCAUCCACUGCGCACUACCCUGUGUUGCCAUGGGAACACCGCUUAUUUUCAUCAAUUCCAAACACAUGCCCGGUGGAGGCGCAGAACGUGGUUUGAAAGUCUCCUCCCGUGUCACGGGACUUACACCUCUUUUCCACACUGUAGAUGCCUUCAAUAUGUCUCAAGAAUCGAUUGCGCGAUGGCUGCGUGAUUUCAACUGGAGAAACCCCCCGCCGAACCCCGACGUAAGCAUGCGCAUGCGCCUUCGGGCCACGGACUGGAAUGUGAUUCGACAAGACCAAGUUUUGUACGAUAGCGCUCGUAAAUUUGGCCUGUUACCCCUGUCACCUCCCGCCACAAACACGCCGAAUCAAUUAGUGUUCCAUUUAAUCCUGAACCGUACCAGAAACCCUACAAGCCUGGACUGGCCAAAAUGGCGGACCAUUGAAUCGAUAUUUUAUCAUUAUCCGCAUGCUAAGAUUAUCAUUCAUAGUGAUAGCUUACAGACAGGCCAGUUUGAUGUAUUAACAGAGUCCGGUUACACUAUUGAAGUACACAGCCUCAGUGCCAGCAUUGGUAAUAACAUAAUGAAAAACAAAAUUGAUAUCAAACAUUUCCGGAGAUUUGGAUCCCGUUUAAACGAAGAAGACUUUGCAAAACUGGCGGUACUAUUCCAAUGGGGUGGGGUGUACAUUGACGCAGAUGUUAUCCUCUUGCGACAACUCGAUCUCUCGUUGAUAAAUACUCUAGUUUGGGGAAGUAAGGAGCAGAAUUCAUUCGAUCUUUCUUUCAUGAGGUUUGAAAGAGGUCAUCCAUUCCUAGAGACUAUCCUAAAGGCUUCUGAAUGGCAGGCAUCUCCAAAAGACAGACAUUUCUCUGCAUUCGAAGCAUUAUUGUUUCAUACUUGGUCUAACUACUUUAAAAACAGUGUGAAAGUUUUGGCCCAAAGAGAUUUCUUCAAACAGUUCAGUGCCCAAAACGCAAGGGAUUGCCUGCAGAGCACAUCCGGACCUAUUUUUGAAUCCAAUAUGAAACAAAUUCGACGUGAAGUGGUUUUUGCAAAAGUGAAGGGAUCACUAACAAACCUGAGCAAACUGCAAAAUGGAACGAUUUGCAAAUACUUGUUCAACUCAUUUUGUGUCCUGUGUAAUAAUGUUUACUAACGCAAGUCAUGACGAAAAAGUGAGCAGCGAUAUGGCCAAACAAAUUGAAACUUGCUAAAAUGUAAUUCUUAAGUAACGGCAAACUUCUAUCAAUAACCUGGAAUUUACGUCUAGUUUUGACCCAAUUGAAUAGAGAACAACCGUAUGCACUGAAAAAGAAUAUAUAUAUCUCACUGCUGUGGGUUAAUCUUUGUCAUCAUUUUGGGU